CAACUUCCCUCUGGCUCUCUGGAAGGCUUGGUGACUUUUGGUCUCUCUCUCUCUCUCUCCAGCAGCCGCCAGACCUAGGACAGCAGCAUGGCUGAGGUCUACCAGCUAGGCUGCCUCAAAAGGCCCCUUCCUGAAAUGUACGCAGAGUUGGCCCAGCUGAGGGAGGUUUCCUACUUGCCUGGCCUGGCCGUGGGGAGACAGAGGACAGGACGACCACAUCUGGAGCACGGCCAGACACACAACGGCCACACGGUGCUCUCCAGCCUGCCCCUUCAGAUGCUACUCUAUUUCAACGUCUUCUUUCUCCCCUUUUGGGGUCUGUCGGAGGCUAUUAUGCUGGAGCUGAAGUUUAGCUUGCUACCCCUUUAUUACCAAUGUUUGCUGGUUGCUGCAUACCUGACAAUUGUCGGAGUGGAAUCCGCCCGCCUCUUCCUUGGAUACGUUGGGAAUUUGCAAGAAAAGGUUCCACAGCUGGCUGGAUUCCUCCUCCUGUCUUUCGUCAUUGAGAUGCCCGUCUUGCUGUUCAUCCUGACGGACCAUCAGGUGAUCCGGAUGCCUCUGGAAAUGGCGGUGCACGGCGUCCUCCUCUGCUUCCUCACCUCGGAAAUUGUGGCCGCUUCCUUUGCCCUCAAAGACAUGGCCAAGCACCUGGCCAGGCAGUUCUACCUGAUGCAGUUUGAAGGGCGUCCGGGCAGAGUAAGGCACCAGGAGUUCUGUGAGGGGAACCAACAGCUCUGAACAUGCCCCAGUUUAAGUGCAGGGGCACUAACCGUCCACUUCCUUCAAGAAAGAGGAGUCUCUGCCAGAAUUAAAAGCGACUUUGGACCAGGGAUGGGGUGGACUCUGGGAACGUCGGUUCCUCUCAGUUUCUUUUCUGGUAAAGUCUGUUCGUUUUGGUUUUACUAGUUUUUCAUUUCUGCAAAUCCAACAUUCUGCAAGUCUAACAAAAUGAAAUUCAAUGUAGAGAAAAAUAAAGUCUUACAUUUAGGCAAGAAAAACCAAAAAUGCCCAUAUAGACUGAGUGAAACCAGGCUUAAUAGCAAUAACUGUGAGAUCUUGGGAGUCUUAGUGGACAAUCAGUUAAACAUGAGCCAACAGUGUGCAGCAGCAGCCAAAACAGCCAAUGCAAUCCUAAACUCCAUUAACAGAGGGAUUCAAUCAAGAUCAAGUGAAGCACUAAUAUCACUCUAUAAAGCCUUGGUAAAGACCACACCUAGAAUACUGCAUCCAUUCUAUUGGUCAGUGUAAUUUGUAUAAUAACACACUGGAGAAGUCUCUCUGUCCUAAGAUAUGCCCUUGCCUGCAGCCAAUGGAACUAUUAUCUUCCACUGCUGUGAAAAGAAUCACAAUGACCUAGAAAUGCAGAUGACUUGCAAUGUCCCUCUUUCCUUGGCCCAAAAUAUAGCCAAGGGUUCCAUGUUGGGUUGGGCAGUGCAAGAUCCCAAUUUUUUAUGUUCCUGAUCAUUGCAAAUUUCUGUUUUGUAAUCCGAAAGGCCAAAGCAAGCACUGAUUCAGGGAUUCUCCAGUCCUGAAAACCACCACCAGGAGCAGCAGCAGACAACAAACACAUCCUGCUCAACUGCCAGCUGGUGCUUAAAACAUUUGCUAGGCCAAUUUUUGAAUACAGCUCGCCUGUCUGGAACCCAUUCCACAUUUCUGACAUCGAACGUGUCCAGAAAUAUUUUACAAGAAGAGUUCUCCAUUCCUCUGAAAACAACAAAAUAUCUUAUCCCACCAGACUUGAAACCCUAGGUUUAGAAAACUUAGAACUCCGCUGCCUUCAACAAGACCCAAGUUUAACUCAUAGAAUCAUCUAUUGUAACGUCCUUCCUGUUAAAGACUACUUCAGCUUCAAUUGCAAUAACACAACAGCAACCAAUAGAUUCAAACUUAAUGUUAACCGCUUCAAACUUGAUUGCAGAAAAUAUGACUUCUGUAACAGAAUCAUCAGUGCUUGGAAUAUUUUACCUGACUCUGUGGUCUCUUCUCAUAAUCCCAAAAGCUUUAACCAAAAACUCUCUACUAUUGACCUCACCCCAUUCCUAAGAGAACCAUAAGGGGCGUGCAUAAGAGCAUAAAAGUGCUACCGUUCCUGUCCUAUUGUUUUUUUUAAUUCUUAUACAUAUAUGCUUAUACUUCCUCAUAUUUCCUCAUAUAUACGUUUAUAUACUAUACAAUCAUUUUGUGUGAUGCUUGUGUAUAUUGUUGUAACAAAAAUAAACAAAUAAUAAUGAUAAAAAAGGCAAAGAUGCCUCAGGCACUUUCCCUGGGCUGUGGACAAAUGCCUGUCCAACCAGCGAUGGCCCUUGGAAUGCUGGGAGUUGAAGUCCAGGAUACUGGCAGGCCAUAUAUUGGACCAGGUUGGUCUGAGACAAUAAAAACUGCCACCAUUCUCUUCUUCCAGUGCAAGAAGGAAAAGCUGCAAGGACUAUUAGCCUGCUAAAAUUGGGGCAGCUGAGGCAAGCAGCUACACUUGCAGGGGUCUCCAACCUUGGUCCCUUUAAGACUUGUGGACUUCAACUCCCAGAGUUCCUCAGCCAACACUCUAGAUCAGGGGUCUCCAGCCUUGGUCCCUUUAAGACUUGUGGACUUCAACUCCCAGAGUUCCUCAGCCAGCACUCUAGAUCAGGGGUCUCCAGCCUUGGUCCCUUUAAGACUUGUGGACUUCAACUCCCAGAGUCCCUCAGCCAGCACUCUAGAUGAGGGGUCUCCAGCCUUGGUCCCUUUAAGACUUGCGGACUUCAACUCCCAGAGUCCCUCAGCCAGCACUCUAGAUGAGGGGUCUCCAGCCUUGGUCCCUUUAAGACUUGCGGACUUCAACUCCCAGAGUCCCUCAGCCAGCACUCUAGAUGAGGGGUCUCCAGCCUUGGUCCCUUUAAGACUUGCGGACUUCAACUCCCAGAGGACUUGGGAGUUGAAGUCCACAAGUCUUAAAGGGACCAAGGUUGGAGACCCCUGUUCUAGUCCAAGUCCCUGCUCAAGCAGGAGACUCGGCCUAGACCAAGGGUCUGCAAACUUGGCUCUUUUAAGACUUGUGGACUUCAACUCCCAGAGUUCCUCAGCCAGCACUCUAGAUCAGGGGUCUCCAGCCUUGGUCCCUUUAAGACUUGUGGACUUCAACUCCCAGAGUUCCUCAGCCAGCACUCUAACAUAACAUAUAACAUAACAUAACAUAACAUAACAUAACAUAACAUAACAUAACAUAACAUAACAUUAGAGUUGGAAGGGACCUUGGAGGCCUUCUAGUCCAACCCCCUGCCCAGGCAGGAAACCCUACACCAUCUCAGUCAGAUGGUUAUCCAACAUUUUCUUAAAAAUUUCCAGUGUUGGAGCAUUCACAACUUCUGAAGGCAAGUCGUUCCACUUAUUAAUUGUUCUAACUGUCAGGAAAUUUCUCCUUAGUUCUAAGUUGCUUCUUUCCUUGAUCAGUUUCCACCCAUUGCUUCUUGUUCUACCCUCAGGUGCUCUGGAGAACAGCCCAACUCCCACUUCUCUGUGGCAGCCCCUGAGAUAUUGGAACACUGCUAUCAUGUCUCCCCUAGUCCUUCUUUUUGUUAAACUAGACAUACCCAGUUCCUGCAACCGUUCUUCAUAUGUUUUAUCCUCCAGUCCCCUAAUCAUCUUUGUUGCUCUUCUCUGCACUCUUUCUAGAGUCUCAACAUCUUUUUUACAUCGUGGCGACCAAAACUGGAUGCAAUAUUCCAAGUGUGGCCUUACCAAGGCAUUAUAAAGUGGUACUAGCACUUCACGUGAUCUUGAUUCUAUCCCUCUGUUUAUGCA